AUGUGGGGCUCGACCAGGGGUGCGUCGGCCGAGGCUAAGUGGUCUCUCAGGGGCCCCCGGGCACGCCUGCUGCGCUGCCUCACCAACCCCGCCAAGGGCUGCCAGGCACUAGCCGCACACCUGCUGGCACUGGGCCUGUGGCACACCGCACACCCCCACGACACCUGGACGCACCUGCUACCCAUGCUGGCUGUGCGCCUGGCCGGCCCAGACCCCGCGCAGCCACCGCCAGAGCCAUGCGAGGAGCUGCGCCUGGCGCUCGUGUGUCUGCUCGGCCUGGCUGUGGAGCUGGGUGGCACCGCGGCCGUGUCACACCCAGAUGACGCGGUCUGGAGCGGCGGCGGCAGGGGCGGCCCCGGGCCAGCAGUGGCCUCAGCACGGGGACGACGGCUGCCGCCCACCCGGUCGAGCGGCGGCACGGACCCGGAGGAGGACGAUGGCGAGCUGCACGUGCGCUGCCGCCCUGGCGUGGACCACACCGGACCACUUCCACCUGCAGGCCAAGGCCCUGAUUGCGCCGCUGACGCACCACCAUUACCCACCACCACGUACCAGGACGUCACCCUGGGCAGCCGGAAGACCCACGCAGUCUACCUGCUCCACACAGCCCUGAUCAACAGCUCCCACAACCUCAACCUCCAGCUCAAGUGGACGAGACCCCCAGAGAGCGAGGCCCCACCAGUGCCCUUCCUGCCCACCCAGCGCUAUGUGAGUGGCUACGGGCUGUGGAAGGGGGAGCUGAGCACCCUGCUCUACAACACCCACCCGUACCGCGCCUUCCCCGUGCUGCUGCUGGACACCGAGCCCUGGUACCUGCGGCUUGUGCACACGCUCACCAUCACGUCCAAGGGCAAGAACAAACCAAGUUACAUCCACUACCAGCCUGCCCAGGACUGCCUGCAGCCCCACCUCCUGGAGAUGCUCAUUCAGCUGCCCACCAGCUCGGUCACCAAGGUCUCCAUCCAGUUUGAGCGGGCCCUGCUCAAGUGGACUGAGUACACUCCAGGCCCCAACCACGGCUUCUAUGUCAGCCCACCCGUCCUCAGUGCCCUUGUGCCCAGGGUGGUGGCAGCCACACCAGUGGACUGGGAAGAGAGCCCCCUCUUCAGGACCCUGUUCCUGGUCUCCAACGGCUCCAGCUACUUUGUGUGACUGUACACGGAGCCGCUACUGGUGAGCCUGCCCACGCCGGACUUCAGCAUGCCCUACAACGUGAUCUGCCUCAUGUGCACCGUGGUUGCCAUGUGCUACAGCUCCUUCUACAUCGAAGGAUCCGCCCUCCCUGCGCCUGGCCUGCCCCUCCGGGGCUCCUCCCCGCGCUCCCCCGGUGACUGGGAUGCGUUCCGGGACGACUACAAAUCGACUCACAUAAAGCACACUGGGGACAGGGAUACGAUCGACGGGGUCGCGGGGGGUACGGCCAAGGCCGAGUGGACUCAGGGGUCCAACUGA